CUAAAGAUUACGAGAAUUACAAUGCAUUACAGUGGCAGCAUUUGAAGAUUUUUGCCUGCAUGAUUACAAUUUGAGAAAACAACUGGCUCUCGACACUCCUCAGUUAGUUUACUUUCAGGUAGCUGUUAUCACGUAAAGAAAUCUUCCUAAUAUUUACUGUGUUGUUUUAUCGUUUCAGAACGGGUUCAAGGUUUUCCGUUCGAGUGUCGGCAGUGGAAAUCGUCGGCCGUUCGGAAAAAGUUCGGGAUUUACUCGCGGAGCAAGCUUCAGGUUCAGAAAAUGGCACAGGUGACCCAAGCCCCAGUAUUUUCCUUCGUGAAGAUCGCAAUGGAGCUCAGGAGAUCAAUCCCACAGAGCUUCGUGUGGCAUCAGCUGAAAAAGCAGCUUACUAUCUGGAUGCGGCUAUCGCCUCAAGAACAAGACCACUGAACAACAAACCUGAGGGCGAAAACAACACAGACUGGGAGGAAAGCAUGAACUCGCAUAUGUUCUUCACUGUGCAUAUUUAUCAGUACCGCGUGGAGAAAAAUUCCAAGAACGCUGGAGGAGUCCACGGAGGGCGCUCCCGGCUGCAUUUGAUCGAUCUCGCUAGCUGUGAAGGGUACACUGGGUCUAAGAAUAACGGAGGGGCCAGCAGUAUGUCAUUGUCAGGACUUGGAAACGUCAUCAUUUCUCUCAUAAAUGGCGCCAAGCACGUGCCUCACAGAACAAGCAAAAUCACGCGCAUGCUCCAAGAGUCCAUCGGAAAUACGUCCUGUCGCACAACCAUGAUUGCGCAUGUGUCACCCUCGCUUCCAUUCUACGCCGAAACACUGGCGACGGUUCAGCUAGCGACCAGGCUUCACCGGUUGCGAAAGCGCAAGGGAAAGGGAUCCAGCACGAGUUCGUCUGGUGGCGAAAGCUCCUGCGACGAGGCCCGAAUCCGAAAACCGAGACUUCGGACAGCUGAGCCUAGACUUCGGACCACAGCGUUAAACGAAAAACUCCGCGAAGAUUGCCCGAUCGGUGAACCGGCUAGCUCCGACUACAACUCGAGCACGGGCGAGGAGUCGUGCGAUACUGUGAUCUACGUGGGUCCCGACGGGGCUAUUAGUGACCGCGAGCUCACAGACAACGAGGGCCCGCCAACGAGGCUCCCUAUCAGGAAAUCGAGCGUGUCCGACAGUACAAGGUCCCUGGUGCGGAAACUAGAAUCGAUUGAGAACGAAGAAGCGGAAUUUAAUGAAGAAGGCGAGGACUUGAAGCGUGAAGUCGAGGGAAGUGAGGACAGUGGUAGUCUUGCAGAGGAAAAAGCGCAAGAAAAGAUACUUUCCGCUCGAGAAGAAGGAGAAGGAGAAGAGUUCAGCGAAAAUUACACUGAGGAAUCGUCUUACGAGACCGAAAUUGAAAUCCUACCCGACAGCCGGAAAGCAAGUAGGAAAAGACUUCUUGAAAAUAAAGGAAGCUCGUCGAGUAUUGCAGAAAUCGCGGGGAAGGACAAAGCCAAAAGAAGUAAGACACACCAAAACGACAUCGCUAGCCCUAAAGUAAAGGAGGUGACUGAAAUUUCCGCUCCAGAGCUCAGCACACUUAUUCUACCGUCUAGACUAGGUCCCAACUUAGACGUUGAUGAAACGAUGAAUUCUCGACACAGCACUGUGGUAAUUCCCGUACAGUCGUUUCCAGGCGAGGAAGCGAAGCUGAGAGCGCGGGUCAUGAGCCCGGAGACAUCAAGUGAAUCGUCGGACGCGGAGAGCAUUGUGAUGGCCAAGGCGCCAUCGUUUUCUUUCUUGACCUGUACCGCUGUGAACGACAUCCACGCUGACUCCAUGGACUCUCUUAACAUGGAGCAGGACUUGCACGAUUACGAGAUGUCUCGACGAAAUGGCGACGGAUCCAGCACGAGUUCGUCUGGUGGCGAAAGCUCCUGCGACGAGGCCCGAAUCCGAAAACCGAGACUUCGGACAGCUGAGCCUAGACUUCGGACCACAGCGUUAAACGAAAAACUCCGCGAAGAUUGCCCGAUCGGUGAACCGGCUAGCUCCGACUACAACUCGAGCACGGGCGAGGAGUCGUGCGAUACUGUGAUCUACGUGGGUCCCGACGGGGCUAUUAGUGACCGCGAGCUCACAGACAACGAGGGCCCGCCAACGAGGCUCCCUAUCAGGAAAUCGAGCGUGUCCGACAGUACAAGGUCCCUGGUGCGGAAACUAGAAUCGAUUGAGAACGAAGAAGCGGAAUUUAAUGAAGAAGGCGAGGACUUGAAGCGUGAAGUCGAGGGAAGUGAGGACAGUGGUAGUCUUGCAGAGGAAAAAGCGCAAGAAAAGAUACUUUCCGCUCGAGAAGAAGGAGAAGGAGAAGAGUUCAGCGAAAAUUACACUGAGGAAUCGUCUUACGAGACCGAAAUUGAAAUCCUACCCGACAGCCGGAAAGCAAGUAGGAAAAGACUUCUUGAAAAUAAAGGAAGCUCGUCGAGUAUUGCAGAAAUCGCGGGGAAGGACAAAGCCAAAAGAAACUAG